CUGCCAAGAUGUCGAACCCAACUAAUCCCCAAAAGCUCUUGGCAGAAAAAAAAAAAAAAAAAAAAAGCUACACCGCAUCACUGGGAGCGCACUCUUUUCUCCGGGCCAAUCAAGACCAUCUCCCGCCCACCCUCCCACCGUUUAGGAAAGUCGAUCUUUAUCUCCAAGGGGUUCGUUUUUCGUAUCCUCUCCAACCUGGGUUGGCCUGCACGGUCAGUUUGGUCCGGGCUUACACCAAGCUGGACUUGCACUGCGAGAUUACCGACUGCACCAGCCUUUUGCUCCCUUGCAUUCGCUUGGCCGACUUUCUAAAAAAAAAAAAGGCUGCCCCAAAAUAUUUUGGGAGAAUAGCCACGUCUUUUUGUGACUUGCAAGAUCUGUGUCGCUUGGCCUCGUACGAUCACGACAUGUUCGCAUGGAGUUGCGCGCAUGUCCAAUCAAGGAUGCACAGAUCGCGUAUGGGACUCGACAGUCGACCCCUCAUAGCUUGUACAGUCAAGUCGGACUAGCAUCGUCCAAGAGUUUACUUACUUGAUUUGCGUAUUCCAGCCUAGUUGAGAAACGCUGCUGGCGCUUGAUUGGGCACGAUUCCCCCUGCAGCGUUACUUUUCAAUCCCAAAAGCCGCCCAGUUUGCGAGACCAUCCAAGCCAUGCCACCACACCACCUGAGAAGUCUUGGGUCUAGUCUGGUAUGGUAGUGGGUGACCAAGGGAUGAAGGGUUUGUUCAGCUUUUGAUAUUGCCUUCUUUGGCCUUGGCCCUUUGGGCUCUAUUCACGCAAUAUGGGUACCGCUCAGCUCGUUGCUUUUUCUUAACAUUUUGCAUCUUUUUUUGGUCUCUGUGUCAUAAGGUCCUGUCCUGGUACUAUGGCUGGACUCUGUAUGUGUGUGUGCAUAUGUUUAGCUAUAUAACAGGAUGUGUGAAACCAAAUCCCUUUGAGCCACAAUUCUUUCUUCCCCAACCACUGCUCCUUCCACAGAAACACUUUUGAGCUUCUACGCCUCAUGAUUCCCUUGGGAUCGAGAUCUCAUGCACCAAGACCCAUCGCAUCUGACUGGUCUACUGCCGCCCCAUUGUCGGUCGUACAGAUUCUUUGUUUCUCGAAGGAAUCAGAAAAACCUUCUUUUCCAGAUUCCAACGCUAGUCUCCAUCGGGUCACAUUCAGCUACGUACCACAUGUAGGCUUCCCAUGGUACGACCAAGCCAACAUCCGCCAGAACCACAUCCUACCCUGACCUGCGUGGCCGCCCACCCGCUGCCUACCCCAACCAUCAUGGACCACCACCCCCUCCAGCCCAACCAAUCCCUCAUCGCCAACCUCCGCAGCCUCACCGAGUCGGAAAAGUGGCCCGAGUUCGACGCGCUCGAGGCCGAGUUCAGCCGGAGCUUUGCCGCCGGCUCCGAGGACGCCAGACAGCUCGACGAGCACGACUCGCUGAUGCUGAUCAUGCGCGACGCCGAGGCGGGCAUGCACCGGGCGCUCAGGACCAAGACGCGGUGGGCGGCGGUGGAGAUGGCGAGGGUCAAGCGGGUGCAGGUCCAGGCGGACGCGCUCAUGGCCGAGGCUAAGGUGAUGCGGGACGAGGCGGGCAGGGAGAUGAAGCGGGCCAGGGAGGUCGAGGACCAGGGCGAGAGCGACAUCGCGCGCCUCGAGGAGGUCGUGGCGUCUAUCAAGGGCAGGCUUGGCAGGAUCGCCCGGGAGAGGGAGCGGAGGCGCCUGGCUCAGGAGAGGAGAUUCAAGGCUGCGGUGGGGAGGCUGUGGCAGACGGUCGAGGUCGACGAGGGGCAACGUGUGCGGCCUGCCGUGGGUGAGACACGGGCGCCACUGCAGUCACUGGCACGACCCAAAAGGGAAAAACCACAGAGACCAGCGCAGCUUUUGCUGUCGAGUCCCUUUAGUCUCAGGAGAUCAGGCUCAAGUGGCCAAGAUUGUUCCGAGGAAAAAAAGUCAUUACCAACACGGAAUCGGCCAAUAGGAGCCUUGUCCAUCUCUCAACUGUUGGUAGACCCCAAGGAAGAAGGCACGCAGCUGCCCAUGCCCGAGGUUUGUGGUCAGUUUUGCUGGCCACCGCCUUGCCAAGGCCCAAAAUCGGCAAGAGCUGAUGCCAAGUCAUCACCACCUUGUCUUGUGUCCCCUCCCAAUCACACCGCAUGGCAUCAAUACCAGCCAGUCCACCCACAAUUUCAACAGGAAACAACACCGCGGAAAAGGCGCGCCGUGGAAUGUGUGUCACAGCUUGAAGCGAAUGCAGCCGUGACCGUACCACAACUCUCGAUACCAUCCGGUGCUUCCACGCGGUCCUUUUCCACAGCCAGCUGCUCUCCACUAUCGACAAGCUCGUCCCUUUCACACAUACCCACCGCCCUGCGCCUGCCCCCUCCAACCCGGUCCUUUCCAUUGACAAUCCAACCCUCGCCUCCCAUUUUUUUACCACACGUACCGCCGGCAGCACAACAGCAGCCUACAGGCCAAGUGCCAUUCAAACGCAAGCACAACACCAAACCGCCGCUACCCCUAUCCCACAAACAGCCCAAACCCCCCACCCCCACCACCACCUCCACCACCCACGCCCCAGCCCAUGAGCGCUGGGACGCAUCCUGGCUGACCCCCGAGCCCGGGCUGCUGGGCAGCGUGUCGUGGGAGCAGUUCCGCAGCGACGGCAGCAGGUACCCGCUGUCCAAGCGGUGGCUGUGCCAGCGCCGGCCGCGGGUCAAGGGCUGCCGCGCCCCGCCGCGCUGGCUCGUCUUCAAGUGCCCCGCGCACCCGGCCCGCGUCAUGGACAGCCAAAAGGAGCUCGAGAAGCACUACGCCCGCGACCACGCCGACGUCGCCACCCCGGCCCAGCGCCUGAGGGAGUGCGGCGUCCACGUCAGGGGCUGUCGCCAGUCGCUGGCCAGCAGCCACAAUGCAAGCAUCACGAGGGACACCUACGCCAUGGAUUGGGGGAGCGAGGGGCCGGUUUCUGGCGGUGAGGGACGACAAGGCGGGCGGGAAAGGGUGGGCAGGGCGGUCAGCGAGCCUGCUGUCGAUGCCUGGGAGAGCUGUGCCCUGUGGGAGGGCUGCGAUCGAGACGCGAGGAGUGCGUGAUGGUUUUCUCUUCUUAUUAUUUUCUGUCGUCUGAGGCUUGACGCAUUUAAUUUCAAGUCUCGUGGAUCUAAAAUAGGUGGGCUGUUUUGUAAUGCAGAAUAUGUCUGUGCGACUACGAGGUACAUGAUAUUUUAGACGCAGAUAAUACCUCCUGAUUGGGAUGUCAGAGAUCACCAU